AUGAGCGGUCUGGGGCAGCGUGUGCGCAACACGUACGCGUCCGGCGCGCCGGCCAACUAUGUGCCUGGUCUGGGUCGAGGUGCUGUGGGCUUCACCACGCGCUCGGACAUCGGGCCAGCACGCGCGCCAAUGGCGCAGGACGGUACUCAAGACGCGCCGUUUCUGCCUCCCGCCGGACGCGGACGCGGCGUAGAAGUACCAGGAAGGCCCGGUCCAGGACCAAGUGCUGGUCGUGGCUCCGGUACGGCUGGUAUGGGUGGAUUUGGCCGCGAAAAAGAUGAGAACGAGGACUUUGGCGACUACAGCGAGACGAACUACGACGAAUUCAGUGGCUAUUCGUCACGCGGAUUGUUCCAGGACACACCAUACGACGAUGAUGACAAGGAAGCAGACGAUAUUUACGAGCAGGUGGAUGAGCGAAUGGACUCGCGACGUAAGAGACGUAGGGAGAUCAGGCAACUCGAGGAACUGAAGAAAGCGCGUAAGGAGAUGCCCAAGAUCAGCGACCAGUUUGCGGACCUCAAGAGCUCAUUGCAGCAAAUGUCAGAUGCUGAAUGGGAAAUGAUCCCGGACAUUGGAGACUACUCUCUCAAGUUCAAGACCAACACGGCGUUGCAGAAGCGCAACGAGAUGUUCGCACCCGUUCCUGACAGUGUCUUAGGAGCCACCGCAGGCCUUUCCACGUCAGUAAGCGGGACUAUCACACCGGCAGGUAACGGGAUGGAGACACCCAGCGGCAUGACGAGUUCUGUGACAGGUUUGGCUGGAGCUCGAGGCGCGCAAUUGUCCCAUAAGCUGGACAAGAUGUCGGACUCGAUCUCAGGCCAGACUGUGGUGGACCCCAAGGGAUAUUUGACGGACUUAAACAGCGUGAAACUCACCAGUGACGCUGAGAUUGGAGACAUUAAGAAGGCUAGACUACUGCUUAGAUCCGUGACUAUGACGAACCCGAAGCAUGGACCAGGAUGGAUCGCUGCCGCGCGACUGGAGGAAGUGGCAGGAAAGAUUGUGCAGGCCAGGAAGAUCAUCGCCCAAGGCUGUGAGUCUUGUCCCACACAGGAGGAUGUGUGGCUUGAAGCUGCACGGCUGCAGAACCCGGAGAACGCCAAGACGAUUCUGGCUAAGGCAGUUCGACAUGUCCCCAAGUCAGUUAAAGUGUGGCUUCAAGCUGCGCAGCUUGAGAGCGACGAUGAGCUGAAGAAACUCGUGAUGCGUCGUGCUCUUGAAUUUAUUCCCAACUCCGUAAAGCUGUGGAAGGCGCUGAUCGAACUGGAAGACGUCGACGGCGCGCGUAUCCUGCUCGGUCGUGCUGUCGAGUGCGUUCCUCAAGCUGUGGAUCUGUGGCUGGCGUUGGCUCGGUUGGAGACGUACGAAAACGCCAAGAAGACAUUGAACAAGGCACGAGCGGCGAUCCCUACUGAACCGUCUAUCUGGAUCACAGCGGCCAAGCUGGAAGAAGCGCAAGGAAAGAACUUGGAUAUGAUUGACCGUAUCAUUCAGCUAGCACUCAAGUCGCUGCAGAAACACCAAGUGGUUAUGAACCGAGAAAUGUGGCUCAAGGAAGCAGAAGCCUGCGAACUAGCUGAUGCACCAUUGACGUGUGCAGCCAUUGUUCGUGCUAGCUUGGAUGUGGGUGUGGAUCCUGAAGACAGAAAGCGCACGUGGAUGGACGACGCUGAGAACAGCAUCAACCGCGGUGCUCUGCUGACUGCGAAGGCUAUCUACGCCGCAGCGUUGAAGGUGUUUCCUGGCAAGAAGUCAAUCUGGCUUCGUGCUGUCGCCUUGGAGAAGAGGGUCCAGGAGGGCAAGAGUCCCGAACCUGUUGAACAACUGCUACAGAAGGCCGUCACGUGUUGUCCUCACGCAGAGAUCUUGUGGCUUAUGGCUGCCAAAGAAGUCUGGACGAACGGCUCGGUGGAGAACGCUCGCUUGAUUCUACGCCAAGCAUUCAGUGCGAAUCCGAAUAGUGAGGCGAUUUGGCUGGCAGCCGUCAAGUUAGAGUGGGAGAAUGACGAGAUUGACUUAGCUCGAGCAUUGCUGGCAAAGGCACGUGCUCAAGCUCCGUCGCCUCACGUAUGGAUGAAGUCAGUGCUGCUGGAAAGGGAGUGCGCCGAGAACCGCAAAGACGAGGAAGAUCUCGUACAGGAAGGCAUCAAGCUGUACCCGGACUUCCCGAAGCUUUAUAUGAUGGCUGGUCAAUUCUAUGAAGCGCUGGAUCCGCCCAACUUCGAGAAGGCGAAGAAGAUGUAUCGUGAGGGAGUUCAGCACUGUCCAAAGUCGAUUGCGUUGUGGACACUUUCUAGUCGGUUAGAGGAGAAGAUGAACGGCGUGACGAAGGCACGCUCGGUGCUGGAGAUGGCGCGUCUGAAAAACCCGAAGAACGACAUGUUGUGGCUGGAAGCUGCUCGUCUGGAGGCUCGAUGGGAUAAUUCAAAGGGUCAGGAGAUGUUGAUGGCUAAGGCCUUACAAGAGUGUCCAGAGUCGGGUAUUCUAUUGGCUGAAUCCAUCGAUAUCGCUCCUCGAGCACAGCAGAAACGUGCAUCGUUCACGGCGCUCAAGAAGAAAGACAAUGACCCGUCGGUGUGUCUGUCUGUGGCGAAAUUAUUCUGGCAAGAACGCAAAUACUCGAAAGCGCGUAAGUGGAUGGAACGCACUAUUCAGCUGGACUCGGAUCUCGGAGAUGCGUGGGCGCAUUACUACCUGUUCGAGUUAAAGCACGGCUCUAAGGAUGCCGCGGAGAAGGUCUUGAAGCGUGCAGUAACGGCGGACCCUCACCACGGCGAGAAGUGGACGUGCGUGUCCAAACAAACACACAACCGUCGUAAGAAGGCUGAAGAGCUGGUGAAGCUAGUCAGCCUGACAUUACCGUUCGCUGAACAGGUUUAGGCCCCACUCGGGUAAGAGUGACAAGCUGAAACAUCACACAAAAACACAUUGUUACAACUCA